AAAGGACGUGUGUGCUUGCAGAUACACCGAUCGGCCGACACUCAACCGUUACCUUUCGCUAACAAUGGAUGCAACUGACAGCCACGCGGCACUUCAUAACACAAGUCCCAAUGGCGAUACUAAGCACUCGCAUAACUCUCCCGAGGAUGACCACGACAACUGGACCGAGCCAGAGUCGGAUGACGCGAAUCGAAGCCAGAGCACGUCUAACAAACGCAAACGCCUGAGCGUGUCGUGUGAAACGUGCAAGCAGCGCAAGGUCAAGUGUGAUCGCGGACACCCUAGCUGCGGAUGGUGUCUGAAAAAUCAUUCUGGAUGCGUCUAUCUGCCUCGUAAGAAGCCGGGACUGCGCGCAGGAUAUGGGCGCGAAUUGGAGGCGCGUUUGGACAAGCUCGAAUCACUACUCGGUCAGCAGCAGUCCCAGAUCAACCAGCUGUCCAGCCGUCAAAUCGCACAUUCUGGUCCUUCCCCACAAGAAGUCGUCGCCGCCUUUAGAAGCCCGCCCAUCAUCCAGACACCCCAUGUGCCGCGACCAGAGACAGCACUCUUCAUCUCAAAGCCUACCCCAUCAUUCCCGUCCCAAAGUGCGAUCCAGAAUAACUUUGGCAAUGGCAUGACAGACCACAGGUCUGCGCCUUCAGUCACCGGAAACGGAUAUCCUGGGCGGUCCGAGGAUGCAUAUACCCCAUUCAGCCAUGACCAAUUUACUCCCUCCAUCUCCCGGGCUUUAGGCCAAGCGGACGUCGACUUCCCACCAUAUGAUCUCUUGUAUGGUCUAGUCGAUCUGUUUUUCAAGCACAUAUACCCCUGGUGUCCGAUCCUUCAUCGACAAACAACUCUCAAUUCCCUCUUCGGCGACUCGAGUUUAGAUGAAGCGGACAAGGUGAUUUUGCACGCGGUCGUAGCCACAGCCCUCAAAUUCUCAACAGACCAUCGACUUACGGCCGAAAACAGAGCGCGUUAUCAUCAAAACUCCAGGGAGAAGGUCUUGCUGUAUGGGAUAGAUCACAGCUCUGUAAAAUCUCUACAAGCACUGGUAAUACUCGCGCUCGAUGUCGUGGGUUGCUCGAACGGGCCUCCUGGCUGGAAUUUACUAGCUCUCAUAACCCGUUCAGUAGUGCAACUAGGGCUCUCCAUGGAAACGUACUCCCCGAUGGUCGCUCCUCCUCAGUUAUCCAUAUACACUCUACGAGCCAUAGUACUACCCGAACCUAAGGACUGGAUAGAAGAAGAAAGUCGCAGAAGGCUAUUCUGGAUGAUCUACGUUCUCGAUCGCUAUGCCACUGUUGCUACUGCGUUUGAGUUUGCACUGGAUGAGAGUGAAAUCGACCGACGCCUGCCGUGCCGCGAUGAAAUCUUCGCCCGAAACAUGCCAGUUGAGACACGCUGGUUCAAUACUUCAACACGAUCCGACUACAGCAUGAACAGGCCAGAAAACCUAGGCUCAUUCUCCUACUACGUGGAGAUAUUGGGGAUUCUGACUCGGAUUCACAAGUUCCUCAAGAAGCCAGUCGAUAUCACAUCCCUGUCAGAUGUCGAAAAGUGGCAAAGCCAAUAUAGAGAGUUGGACCAUACCAUCGAGCAGUGGAAGUACAACCUCCCAGCUGAGUUCGGUAAUGCGGCAAGGGUGCUUGCAAAAUCAGGGUUGAAUCACAAUGUCAACAGUGGUCUGGUCAUGUUGCAUGCAGCUUUUCAUACGACCAUCAUUCGUCUCCAUUCCUCAGCAGCCUAUCCGACUCAUCGCUCGCCAAUCUUCACGCCAUCGUUCAGCGCAAGUCAGAGAUGUCUAAGUGCAGUCGAAGCAAUUGUCUCUCUAUGCGCAUGUAUACGAGACAACAACUUGUUGCCCAAACUUGGACCGCCUUUUGCCUUCUCUCUCUGGGUAGCUGCUCGUGUACUACUAGUUCACGGCUCGACAAUUGACCAUCGGGUUGACACAUCUAUCAACCUCCUAGUCAGCACCCUCCGAGACAUGGGCCAAUACUGGGAAGUAGGCACCCGCUAUGCAAAUCUGCUAUCUCGCGUCCUAUCAGAGUAUCAGGAAUCGCAGCAGACCCCCACCGGUCUAAAUGGAGAACGCGUGACGCCAUCCACAGUCAAGAUUCUAGCUGACAUGCGUCGGUGCGCGUUCGAUCUCGACUUCCUCAUCUCUCGACAGCCAAAAUCAAAUACCACUACUCAUAGGAUACCUUCCGUCACGCCUGGCCGUACUCCAGGGCCGAACGAGCUGGAGUAUCUCGAUGUGUUCGACUUCUUCAACAUGCCUCGAUUACCGGUAUCCAUCGACGGUAUGACGACAUAUCCUGCGACUGAUGGGAACAUGCAGUUGCCGGAAGGCGGAUAUGGCAACGAGUCGAACAUCACAAAUUACAUGGUUGACGCAAGUUCAGACUGGUUCAUAAAAGGAUCGGCAUAGGAGAGCAGCUGUACAAUUACAUAAGAGACUAAUAAAAAACUUUCAUGACCC